AUGGGGAUCAGGCACAUUCUGUUGCUGCUGAUAUACCUGGACCCGCUCUGCGUGCUGAGUGCCGCUACAGGCGCUAAAAAACCCAAGCAGGCGGCCCGGAAGGUUCCCAAAGCCACCGCGGUCCCCACGGUCGUCCCGCAGAAGACCCCGCAGCCGGCACCCACCAGCAACCACGACACAUGCAUGGGGUACUACGACGUGAGCGGGCAGUACGACAAACUGUUCGAGUGCAACAACACGAACCACCGGUACUGCUGUGGGACGUGCUACCUGCGCUUCUGCUGCGAGUACAAGAAAGAUCGGCUGGAUCAGAAAGCCUGUAAGAACUACCAAAAGCCGGAGUGGGUGCAGACGGCCGCCCCAUCGCCCAUCCCGACCGGUGAAACGUACGAUCCGAGCAUGGAUCAGACCAGCACGGCGGUCUAUAUCACCUGUGGGAUCAUAGCCUUCAUCAUAGUGUUAGGAGUGUCGGUCAAAGUUGCUUACGACAAAGCCACUGAGCCACCUCAGGAAAUGAAUAUACACAGAGCGCUUGCAGACAUCCUGAGGCAGCAGGGGCCCAUCCCCAUAUCGCAAUAUGACUGUGAGAAUUUCACAGCGAUGAACGGCUCACCCAAAGACAACACACCAGUCAGAACCUCAUCUAAGAACCACUACACCCCUGUUCACACCUCAAAGUCCAACCACGGUCUCCACUAUGGGAAGGAGAGCAUCCGCAGCAGUGGAGGCGCUGACCUUCACAACUUCAUCUCCUCUGGCUUUGUGACAUUGGGUCGAGGCCAUCAGAAAGGAGAAAAACAUUGGCCGGUCCGCUCCCAGAGUCACCAUGGUACUCAUCAGCACAACUAUAACCAUGUGGCUCUAGGUAGCCCUACACGCACACCUAAGAAUGCUCACCGAUCAUUGAGACAUGAAAACAAUCGGCUAAGCGGUAUCCUGACCUCGCAGACGGAGCCCUACGACCUGUCUUUCUCACGCUCCUUCCAGAGCCUGUCACACCUGCCACCCUCCUAUGAGGCGGCCGUCAAAGCCGACCUCAACCGGUUUUCAUCCCUGAAGAAACUCACAGAUAAAGAAGUUGACGACUACUACAAUCGUAAGCGCCAUCUGCCCGACCUGGCAGCAAGAGGCACUCUACCGUUGCAUGUUCUCAAGAUUGGUCAAGAUCAGCACCGGGAACAGCAGCAGCAGCAGCUCCAGAGCCAGCCCCCGUCCUCCAUCUCUCAAGUCGCUCCCCAGUCACAGUCCUCACAGCAACAGUCUCAGCAAAGGCAGAGGCCCCGUCGCGUCCAGAGGGCCAUGUCCCAGGACCGCGUCCUGUCCCCACAGAGAGCCCCGCAGCAGGAUUACAACAUGUCUUCUAAUGGUAUGUCCCCGUAUGGAGGCAGGAUCCUCUCAGAUGAACAGCUCCUGUCUGCCGAACGUCUUCGAUCCCAGGAGCGUCUUCUGCCACAGGACCGCCACACCUCCCAAGAUCGUCUGUACUCCAAGGACCGCAUAUACUCCAAGGACCGACUCAUGUCGCAGGAUCACCUCUACUCAAAAGACCGCCACUACUCUCAAGACCGCCUCUAUUCACAAGAUCGCCUGUACUCACAAGACCGCCUCCUAUCCCAGGAUCCUCUGCUCUCACCGGACAAGCUGAUGAUGUCGCUGAAGCGUGGCAUGGUGGGCAGCAUCUCUGGCGGGUUUCGUGGCAGCGACAAGUCAAUAUCACGCGCCAUCUCGCACACAGACGUGUUCUUACCAACCACGCCUCUUAUGGAUCGCUACAAGAUGACCAAAAUGCACUCCCAUCCCAGUGCCUCUAACAAUGGAGGUGGCAGUGGGGCACUGGGAGCGGGAAGCACCGGGCACUCCAACACUUUAGCCAUCAACCAGACAGCAACAAAGAGGCAGGCGUUUGCCUCCAGACGGACUCACACAAUGGAACAGCUCCACUACAUCCCACCACACCACCAGCAGCAACAGCAACCACAGCACUACCGCACAGGUAGCAAGACUGAGGUGACUGUGUAG